AUGGCUAGCCAAAAGUAUACUGAAGGACAUGCCUCCUCACCACUAUCCCCACCCCCAGAGCGCUCUAAGUCAUCACUAAAUAGGGUUCGCCAUAGCCCUUAUCUGCGGCGCGAUUCCCCUUGUGCGACGCCCGAUUCCCCAUUCGCGUCGCCUGAUGCAACUCCCUCCCGCCCGGUUUCCCAUUUCCACCGCCACGAAACCCCCGUCACGCUGUCCGGCGAUUCCCCUUCCCUCCGCUCGACUCCCUGCUCCCACCACUUCUUCCUUCCGACGGGUUCCCUUUCCCGUCGCCCUACUCCCCUUCGCAUCGCCCGAACCACAUUCCCGCCGCCCGGUUCCCCUAUCCAGCCUCCGAAAUCCCCUUCCACGCCACCUGAAUCCCCUUUCCCCGCCCAUGGAUUCCGGGCGGGCCGCCCGACCGCCCCUUCCCGCCGCUCGAUUCCCCUUGCGCUCCGCCAAAUUCCAAUUCCCGCCGCCUUAAUCCCGCUCCCGCCGCCCGAUUCCCCUUUCGCGCCGCCCGCUUCUCCUUUCGCGCCGCCAAAUUCCAGUUCCCGCCGUCCGAUUCCCGUUCCCGCGGCCCGCUUCCCCUUUCCCGCCGCCCGCUGCGCUUCCCGCCGCCCGAUUCCCAUUUUCCGCCGCCGCCAGACAUGCCGUCCCGCCUCCCUGAUCCCUUUUCCGGGCGGCCGACUAUUCGUCCCUCCCGUCCCUCCCGUACCUCCCUUCCCUCCCGUCCCUCCCGUCCCUCCCUUCCCUCCCUUCUCUCCCUUCCCUCCCGUCCCUCCCUUCUCUCCUUCCCUCCCGUCCCUCCCUUCUCUCCCUUCCCUCCCGUCGCUCCCUUCCCUCCCUUCCCUCCCGUCCCUCCCUUCCCUCCCUUCCCUCCCGUCCCUCCCGUCCCUCCCUUCCCUCCCGUCUCUCCCUUCCCUCCCUUCUCUCCCUUCCCUCCCUUCUCUCCCUUCCCUCCCUUCUCUCCCUUCCCUCCCGUCCCUCCCUUCUCUCCCUUCCCUCCCGUCCCUCCCUUCCCUCCCUUCUCUCCCUUCCCUCCCGUCCCUCCCUUCCCUCCCUUCUCUCCCUUCCCUCCCGUCCCUCCCUUCUCUCCCUUCCCUCCCGUCCCUCCCUUCCCUCCCUUUCUCUCCCUUCUCUCCCUUCCCUCCCGUCCCUUCCUUCUCUCCCUUCCCUCCCGUCCCUCCCUUCUCUCCCUUCCCUCCCGCCCUCCCUUCCCUCCCUUCCCUCCCCUCCCUUCCCUCCCUUCUCUCACUUCCCUCCCUUCUCUCCCUUCCCUCCCGUCCCUCCCUUCUCUCCCUUCCCUCCCGUCCCUCCCUUCCCUCCCUUCUCUCCCUUCCCUCCCGUCCCUCCCUUCCCUCCGUUCUCUCCUUCCCUCCCGUCCCUCCCUUCACUCCCUUCCCUCCCGUCCCUCCCUUCCCUCCCUUCUCCUCCCUUCCCUCCCUUCCCUCCCGUCCCUCCCUUCUCUCCCUUCCCUCCCUUUCCCUCCCCUCCCUCCCUUGCCUCCCGUCCCUCCCGUCCCUCCCUUCCCUCCCGUCUCUCCCUUCCCUCCCGUCCCUUCCUUCUCUCCCCUCCCUCCCGUCCCUCCCUUCUCUCCCUUCCCUCCCUCCCUCCCUUCCCUCCCUUCCCUCCCGUCCCUCCCUUCUCUCCCUUUCCUCCCUUCCCUCCCGUCCCUCCCUUCUCUCCCUUCCCUCCCGUCCCACCCUUCCCUCCCUUCCCUCCCGUCCCUCCCGUCCCUCCCUUCUCUCCCUUCCCUCCCGUCUCUCCCUUCCCUCCCUUCUCUCCCUUCCCUCCCUUCUCUCACUUACCUCCCUUCUCUCCCUUCCCUCCCUUCUCUCCCUUCCCUCCCUUCUCUCCCUUCUCUCCCUUCCCUCCCGUCCCUCCCUUCCUCCCUUCUCUCCCUUCCCUCCCGUCCCUCCCGUCCCUCCCUUCUCUCCCUUCCCUCCCGUCCCUCCCUUCCCUCCCUUCCCUCCCUUCCCUCCCGUCUCUCCCUUCCCUCCCGCCCUCCCUUCCCUCCCUUUCCUCCCGUCCCUCCCUUCUCUUCCUUUCCUCCCUUCCCUCCCGUCCCUCCCUUCUCUCCCUUCCCUCCCGUCCCUCCCUUCCCUCCAAGAAUGUUCCUUGCACUCAUACCCCCUCCACUGA